AUAGUCUUAAGAGUAUCCUUACAUGGGGAGGCUGAGUGAGGCAUUCCCUAAGUGAGCACAUUAUUUUUGUUCCAUCAGCAAGAGCUUUGCGACUGCUCUCAGCCUUCUCCUCCAACACUCAAAGCUCUUCUUUUCUCUUGGGGUUUGCUUUUUCAGAGUGUUCCCGAAAUGCCUACGAGGGCCGUAACUUAUUAUCGGCAGAAGCAAAAGAAACAUCAAAGCUCAAAACAUGUUGUUGAGCACUCAUACAGGUGUUCCAGCUGUCAAUCAGUGAUAAAGGAACAGGUCCUGGCCACUGAGGCUAUGGAAGAACAAGCCUACACGGUGCCAACCUUUAGGGAGAGGGCUCCUGAGGGCAUGGAGGAGUAUCAGAGGGUGGCGACUAAUUUUGAAAGAAACCUGGUUCAAAUCCAGCAAGAGCUGCACAGAAUGAAAGUGGUCACACAUGAGCAAGUGGAAAACAUUGAGAUUACUAAAGAGGUUAGGGCAAUGAUGCCAAACUGGAAAGAGGUACUUCCUGAGGUUCCCAGAGCACCAGACUUUUUGGUCAGUCUGAGAGCUCACACUGUAUGGGAGAAGACCCCGGUCAAGUUGUUCUGCACUGUGUCUGGCAAACCGGUCCCUAUUGUCAAAUGGUAUAGGAAUGAUGUCGCCGUUGAUCCUCUGAGUGUCCCUGGAAAAUACAAGAUUGAGAACAAAUAUGGGGUUCAUAGUUUGAUUAUUAGCAGGUGUACCGUGCAUGAUUCUGGAGUGUACAGUGCUGUGGCUACCAAUCCCUACGGAAAAGCCAUCUCAAAGGCCGCUGUCUGUAUCAGGAGAGCACACGGGGGAGGAGAGCUCGCCUAUCUGCCUGGACUAGUCCCUCUGCUCAGCGGCAUUCAUCCCAGUAAACUUGAUGUGACUCUGGUGAACAAGUUUGGAGUGACGUUCGGUAGAGAGGGAGAGUCUCUCAGUCUGAUGUGCACCAUGGUGGUGGUGCCUGACCUGCCAAACCUCCCACCAGAGGUCAUGUGGUACAGAGAUGAUACCUUGCUAACACCAUCCAGGUGGUUUGAGAUGUCUAUUGGUGGAGGGAUUGCCAAGCUCAAAUUUUUGCACCUGAACAAGGAUGAUGAGGGUCUGUAUACCAUUCGCAUUUGGACCAAGGAUGGAACCACUGAACAUAGCGCUUACCUAUUUGUUAAAGAUGCCCCUCCCGCAGUGGCCGGGGCCCCUGGAGCCCCCAUGGAUGUCAUUGUCACUGAUGUCAAUGCUGACUAUGCCCUGGUCUCCUGGAAACCUCCGAACACCACCCAUGAGGCUGCUAUCACUGGAUACUUUGUGGACAGACGUAAGUCUGGAACUAAAGACUGGGUGCAGUGCAAUACAUCUCCCGUGAAUGUGUGUAAGCUCCCCGUCCACGGCCUGACCGAAGGUGAAUCCUAUCACUUCAGGGUGAGAGCUGUGAACAAAGCCGGCAUCAGUCUGGCCUCCAGGAUGUCCACUGGUGUGACCACUGGAGAAGUGGAGAGCGAUGUGCAAGGUGUCCCAUCAGCCCCGGGACGGGUGAUCGCUUCCAGAAACACCAAAACUUCUGCUUUCGUGCAGUGGGAGCCCCCCAAACACCUCAACAACCUCGUGGGUUACUAUGUGGAUGCCUCUGUGGUCGGAUCCAAGGUCUGGUUCCCCUGUAACCACAGGCCAUACAAACACACCAGGUUUGUGGUCCAUGAUUUGGUCCCAGGUGAUACCUAUGUGUUCCGUGUUCAAGCCGUGAAUGCUUAUGGAUUGAGCGAGGAGUCGCAGGAAUCCGAUUCACUCUUCAUCGAUGCUGCACUUACUACUCCCUCGGCCCCAUACGGCAUUUGUCUGGUGAACUGCGAUGGAUCUUCCAUGACUCUGGCCUGGAAACGUCCCAAACACACAGGAGGAUCCAGGAUCACAUCUUAUUACCUGGACAAGCGUGAAGCAGGAGCAGUCCUCUGGAAUGAGGUCAGCUCCAGCCCUGCCACCCAAAGGAUCUACAAGGUGGAGAAUCUGACUAGUGGACUUUUCUAUGAGUUUAAAGUUCAGGCUGCUAAUUUGGCUGGAGUUGGCAUGCCAUCUGAUUCCAGCAAGCCUUUUGCCUGCGAGGCCUGGACAAUGGCUGAACCUGGUCCAGCAUAUGACCUCAGUUUUUGGGAGGUGCGUGAUACCUCUCUCCUGAUACAAUGGAAGGCUCCUGUGUACUCCGGUGAGAGUCAUGUCACUGGAUACUAUGUGGACAUGGCAAAGAAGGGAUCAGCAGAUUUCGUCACAGUGAAUGCUGAGCCAGUUGGACACUGUUACCUGAGGGUUACUGGACUAGAGACUGGAGAAACCUAUGUGUUUAAAGUGCGGGCUUUAAAUGCUAAAGGUGUCGGAAAAGCAUCAGAAUUGUCAGAUCCUGUGUGUGCAAAAGCAUUGGCAGGUACAAAGGAAAUCGUAUGUGGUGUAGAUGAAGAGACCGGAGACAUUUUCUUGAAUUUUGAAGCUUGUGAGGCUUCUGAGAACUCCAAGUUCACCUGGUCAAAGUCCUACAAAGAAAUCGCUGAAUCAACCAGAGUCUCCGUCACAUCUUCUGGAAGACACUCAAAGCUUACAUUUAUAAACGCUGAGAAAGAAGAUCUGGGCACCUACUCUGUGGCAGUGUCUGAUACUGAUGGAGUUUCAUCCAGUUACACACUCAAUGAAGAUGAACUCAAAAAAAUGCGCGAGUUGAGCUACAACAUCAGACACCCCAUUGUUCCACUGAAGACGGAGCUGAACUAUGAGAUUUUGGAGAAGGGUAUUGUGCGUUUUUGGGUGCAGGCCAAGAAGUUGUCUUCUGCUGCAAGCUACAGGUUCAUCUUCAAUGAUAAGGCCAUCUCGAGCGCUGAGGGUUAUAAAACCAGCCAUGAUGUGUCCACUGGAAUCAUCCAGAUGACUAUUGAGCACUUCACCAGGGCCAAUGAAGGCACUUACACCGUUCAGAUCCAUGAUGGCAAGGCCAAGAGUCAGAGCUCACUGGUUCUUGUAGGAGAUGCAUUCAAAGUUGCCUUGAAGGAAGCUGAGUUCCAGAGAAGAGAGCACAUCCGAAAACAAGGUCCUCACUUCUCAGAGUACCUGACUUUCCAUGUGACGGAUGACUGCACAGUUAUGCUUGUUAGCAAGGUGGCCAACGUGAAGAAAGAGACAACAUUUGCCUGGUUUAAAGAAGAUGAAGAAAUUACUCUUGACGUUAAACCCAACCCUAUGUCUGGAUCUUGUGCCCUUCCUAUCCCUAUGUUCUCAAGGAAAGACCAGGGAACUUACAAAGCUGUGCUGGCUGAUAAUCGUGGAAAAGAUACUUCUGUCUAUGAAAUUUCUGGCAAAGUGUUUGAAGACAUCAUCAAUGCCAUUGCCAGUGUUGCUGGUUCCUCUGCAUCUGAUCUGGUUCUGCAGUGCACACCAGAGGGGAUCAGACUGCAAUGUUACAUGAAGUACUACACCGAGGAGAUGAAAACCAGCUGGUAUCAUAGAGGAAGUAAGAUCUCCUCCUCAGAGAAGAUGAGAAUUGGAGGAACGUCUGAAAUGGCCUGGAUGCAGAUCUGUGAUCCCUCAGAUAAGGAAAAGGGUCAAUACAGCAUCGAGAUACAUGAUGGGAAAACAUCACACUCUCGUACAUUUGACCUUUCUGGACAAGCAUACACUGAGGCCUAUGCAGAGUUCCAAAGACUCAAGGCUGCUGCCUUUGCCGAGAAGAAUCGUGGCAGAGUGGUAGGUGGUCUGCCAGAUGUUGCCACUAUUAUGGAGAAGAAGAGCCUCAGUCUAACUUGUACAGUAUGGGGUGACCCCAAUCCAGAGGUCACCUGGUUUAAGAACGAGCAGGAAGUUGUGUCGGACGACCGCUACAAGGUCAACUUUGAGGGCGGCAGAUUCGCCAGCCUCACCAUCAACUCCGUGACCAUGGAAGAUUCUGGAAAAUACAGCAUCAACGUACGGAACAAGUACGGAGGUGAAUUCGUGGAGAUCACGGUCAGCGUCUACAGACAAGGUGAUGAACCUCCUGAGCCUAAACUCGGACAGAUGUCCAAGCCCGCUACCCCCAAGCCGGCUACGCCCGUUCCACAGCCUGCUAAGACCCCGACUCCUCAAGCUAAAUCCCCAACUCCAGCUCCAGCUUCCAAAUCUCCCACCCCACCAAGAUCCAUGAGAUCCCCCACCCCACCGAGAUCCUUGAGAUCUCCCACCCCUACUAAGAAAUAAACUAUAGCUUAUAGCACCUGGAGAUAUGUGAGGCAUUGCUAGAGUUGAGGUAUUGUGUAACUUUAAGUUUGCUGCUUUUGCUGCAGUGCUUUUUAAGUCAGUAUGUGUCAUCAGUACAAUUAAAAAGAUUAUAGGUACUUGUAAUAAGUAGUUGGGCGACAAGUUGUUUAAGUGAAGAUUGACUUUACACUCAAGACUUUGCCUCCAAUGUACCAGUUCAUCUCUGAAAAGGAGAAAAUAAAUUGGAAGUUUGUGUUUCAUGUGCUUUCUCAGCAAAAAGAAGUUGAAAAAUUGUGGUUUGGCCAGUCAGAAUGGUCACAAACGCCACCACUAUCUAACCUAUUUUUGUUCUGUACUAAAUGCUGUCACUAAUAAAAAUCAGAAGUCUCCUUAUCUGGAGUGAAUCUUGA